UCCACUAGAAAGUAUCUCAGUCGAAAUUUCAUUAAACUGCUGGUCAUGUUCCUACACCGGUUAAGUGUUUCUCUUGCAUUGGUCUGGUGGGUGUCUGCUGAUGAAGAUGUACUCCUAUGCAAAUCUGAAGAUUAUGCGAGACCUUAUUCUGUACUUUUUGAAAAGUUUGGUUUAUUUGAGAAUAACAGUAUGUUAAAGUACUUAAGAGCUUUAAAUAACUAUAUCAAUGCCACCAAGGUUUAUGUGAACCUGCUUGUGACCUCCAUCACAGAUGUGAAUGAAAAAGCUCAGAGCAUUUCAACACAAGUAACACUUUUAACCUCUUGGGACACAGACAUUUGGUGGAGCUUCUCAGAUUUUUGUGGCAUUAAAUCCUUUGCAGUUCCAAAAGAUUUGUUUUGGAUUCCAGACAUUGUUUUUGCAGAAAGCAUCAAGACGGAGUUUGGAGCAAACGAGUCUCCGUAUUUGCAGUUACAUUCUAAUGGUGUUAUUGUCAAGUUGGAUAUGUUAUCUCUGACCACAGUCUGUAAGAUGGACCUGUACAUGUUUCCAUUCGACACACAAAUCUGCAGUCUAACCCUUCAAUCUUUAGUCUAUGAAGAUCAUCAGCUAAUAAUUUCUCAGAUCUCUUCUUCAGAAUACCUUACCUUGAAAUCUCAGGAGACCUUUGAGACUGAGGGAGAGUGGGAAUUGCUCUAUAUAAAUAACUCUGAAACUGAUUUGAAUUCUUGGUGGCUAAGCAGAAGUCACAUGACAUUUCAGAUCUUUAUCAGAAGGAGACCUCUGUUGUAUAUCAUUAACUUAAUUUUUCCAGUAUUUUGUUUCCUUGUGCUGGAUUUGGCCUCCUACUUCAUAAAUGCAUCUGAAACAGAGAAGCUGGGCUUUAAAGUGACUUUACUGCUGUCUAUUUCUGUGUUACUGCUGAUUCUAAAUGACAAGCUGCCUUCUACUGCCAGUAAAAUCCCACUGAUUGGGAUGUACUGCGGGGGGAUUUUCACCCUCAUUGGCCUAAGUAUUUUGGAGACCAUAUUUGUGAAUUAUCUGAUUACUAAAGGAGAAACGAUCAAACCAGAAACUGCGGCAACUACUCGAGAUGGGAUUUACUGUGGUGGGAUUUUCACACUAAUUGGUCUUAGUAUUCUGAAGACCAACUUUGUGAAUUAUCUGAUUGCAAAAGGAGAAAAGAUCAAAUCAGAAGCUGCGGCAACUGCUCAUGAUGAUGGUGUAAGAGUUUUGCGUAACUCUCCCAACAGAGUUACUAGUGGAACUGAAGAGCCAACAUCUACGGAGGACACACAAAAGAAAGUUUCACUAUGGACCAGAGCAGCAAGAAUUAUAGAUGUCACCUUCCUUGUUCUUUACAUAAUCACUGUUAUUGUGUUUCUGUCUGUCCUUGGCAAGGCUUGGUUUGUGUUUAAAUAACCUCUUUCAACCUUUUAAGACAUUUACCCCCUGUGUUUUAUCUAAUUUUAUCCAUGCCCCUAUCCACUCCACCUCACAUCCAUAGCAUCUUCAUCUCUCGCCUCCCUUAGAAUGGGUAGGGGGUCAGUCUUUGUAUGCCAAUCUAUUAAGACAGGUUAGUUUAUUGUCAUUUUGCUGCCUAAUUUACUUUCAUGGGAAUAGGACAACUAGUAAAUACUGCUGCCCAUAACCACAUUUUCUCAUUUCUGUAUACCAGCAAGCACCAUCACCGACUGAGCAAUCAGAUUCCCCAUCUUUUGUGCUAUUGUAAAUGGAGUUGAAAAAUGAGAAAAAUUUUGACAACACAUUACAACACAGGAAAAUCCCCAGUGUUAAAUUAACUCUACCAGUGUUAAAUCAACACUAUUUGGUGUUUAUAUAAUCCACACCAAGAUCGGUGUUAAAAAAGACUGGUGUUAAAAAUAUAACUCUGAAUCAGUGUUAAAGUUAAUGAGAUAAUGAAGUGAUGAUUAAGACUUAAUGCUGGUCAUUCCGUGUCAAAUCAGUUACAUUUUGGAAAUGUUCCUGUCUCUACAUUUUUAUUUUGAUGACUGUUUUCUGGAGAAAUUAAUACUAAAAUGAUAAAGAAAGACAAAUUACUAAAUGCAAUAGAUGAAUACUGUUAGGUGUAUGCCUCCAAAAGCUGCAAUCUUUCACAUUUGCCUCUCUAUCAUCAUCUCUGUUUGAAAAAUAAAAUAACAACUUGCAGAGUUAUUUUCUAAAUGGAUAAGUUUAACUUCUAAACAGCUGUCAGAACAAAAUACAAGUGCUCAACUAUUCCAGCAUCCACACACGUGAUUUAGUAGACAAAUCUUCUUUCUGACAUGAUGUAAUCACAGAAUGUAUCACAUUAAAUCUUAAGUUUGUGUUUGUUUUGGGUUCAUUUGAAGUCACCAUUAUUGUGAUUAACGUUUCCUUUAGUUAGGCAUUUGUCCGUUGACCUUCACAGAUCUAACUCUCCUCUUUUAGCAAUAGCAACAGUGUUUUAAUAAGAUUACUUGUUUGUUGUGUAGCUGAGUAGAGAUUGUUUAUUUUUAUUGUACACUACAUACAAUUCAUUUAAACACUUGAUCAUAAAUUAAUUAUGAAAAAAGUCAAGCAUGUAAAUAAAAGCGCUAUGCAAAUAAAACUUGAUUGAAUAAGACUGCCGUAAAGCUUUAGUAUUUUUUAUUGUUUUUUGCUUAAGAGAGACAUCAUGAUUUCUGAUACAAAUCUCGACGAUGGUGACAGUUAAUGGUAAGAAAGUUGUUAAAUUUUUGUCAUGUUGCAAUGCAUGAUGGGAGUUAUGAAUGAGUUUUCUACCAUACUGGUACCCAGCAUGCAUUGUGGCAUGAAGCUUUGUUGUUGAUUGUCACCAUGACUAUGUUUUAUAGGCUGAUUGUUGAUGUCUCAUUGUGUCUGUCUAACACCACAGAUUAGAUUUGGGUAAACAAUAUUUAACUCUUCAGGGUAUGUGGAUUUUACAGGACUGCUGGAUUUCAUGGUAGCUUCACAGGGUUGGCAGAAUGUAAAAUUAUACACUCAUAUUCAGUGAUUUUUUUUUGUAUGAGAUCAUUGAAUCAUAAGACUUACACUUUCACAAUAAAUAACAUAGUAACAGUUUAAAAGUUCAUUUCUCUCAUCGUUCUCUGCGCUAACAGAUGUGUUUUAUAAACACACUGCCAUAAUGAGCAGAAGAUAACUAACACUAAACUUCAAGACCCAAGUACCCAACUAAAAGAAACACUAAUCGGCACAAUGGUGACUAACUUUAUUCACCAUGUUUUCAGCUGUUCUUUAGAAGUUAAACUUAUCAUCCAUGUAACUCUGCAAGCAAGUUGUAAUUUUAGUUUUCUAACAGAGAUGCUGAUAAUGUUCAUUGAACUCUAGUCAUUU